UUUGUGGACGUCGCCCUUUAAAAACCCGUAUUGUGGGUGGAGUUGAUGCGCACGAGGGGGCGUGGCCAUGGCAGUGUCAACAAAUCCAGCCUGGUUGUGUACUUGGGAAGGAUGACACAGCAGGGAGUUCAUGCUCAUGAAAUCAGCAGAAAUGUCAGUACGCUUGUCAUACAUCCUGACUAUAGCAGUGACACCUACAACAAUGACAUCGCUCUCCUGCAUCUGUCCUCUUCAGUCAACUUUACUAACUAUAUUAGACCGGUGUGUCUAGCAGCGGAGGACAGCAUUUUCCCUUCUGGCACCAACUGCUGGAUCACAGGCUGGGGACAAACUGCAUCUGGAGUGAAUUUGUUUUAUCCUGGGACUCUGCAGGAGACUGUGGUUCCAGUGAUAAUUAAUUCUCAGUGUAAUGAUCUGCUGGGUGCCGGAGUCAUUACAGACAACAUGAUGUGUGCUGGUUUACUGCAGGGAGGCAAAGACACCUGCCAGGGGGAUUCUGGUGGUCCAAUGGUGAGUAAGCAGUGUUCAGUGUGGGUCCAGUCUGGUAUCAUCAGUAGGGGUCACGACUGUGGUCAGCCCAAUGAACCUGGAGUGUACACCCGCGUGUCACAGUAUCAGCAAUGGAUCAGGACCUCAACUGGCCCGAACCUCCCAGGAUUCGCCACCUUCAACCCCCUAAACUCAUGCUCUACUGCCAGUCAGGGUUGAGGUGUAGUUGUAUAAAACAAACUUACCUGCACUAACUUCCAGUGAAUGCUGCCUUUGAAAGCUCUACAAUGACAGUAACCAGCUCCACUGCAGACCGCCUGGCUCAGAACUUCACUCAUGAAUAUGAACACAAACUGCAUAGGUUCAACAUUUGUUGAACAAGCACUG